AUGGAUAUGAACCAUUUAAUAGGUCAGCGCUUCAAUCUGAUCUCUAAGAGUGACAUUCGCUACGUUGGUACCUUGCAUGAGAUCAACCCUGAAGCCUCAACAAUUGCCCUCGAGAAUGUUGUUUCCUUCGGCACAGAAGGCCGACGCGGGAACCCCGCGGAGGAAAUUGCGCCCUCCACCAGUGUCUACGAGUACAUUGUGUUCCGUGGCAGUGAUGUAAAAGACAUCAGUGUCGCGGAGGAGAAGGAAUCCACACAGUCUGAGCAGCCCCAGGUGCCAGAUGAUCCUGCUAUUCUAGGGGUAAGUGAAACCAUUGAUUGCUGUAUCCUUUGGAGUCCCAUUGCUCGAGAGUCCGCCGACCGGCCCACGAGCAUGUCGCGUCCUGGACCUGGCCCUCAGGGACCACCUCCCCCUCAAUCUCAACCUCCUCCCCAACAAUCCCAGGCUCCUCAUCCUGCUCCUCCUAGUUAUCCUCAACCCCCACAAUUCCAAGGUUUCUAUCCUCCUUAUGGCCAACGGUUUGGAGGACCUGGCUUCCCACCCGGUGGACCGGGAUUCCCCAAUAUGCCGUACGGUGCUCCACCGGGAUGGUUUCCCCCACCAGGCCAAGGUUUUCCUCCGGGACCAGGCCAGUUCCCACCUCAAGUGCCCAUUGGCCCUCCUGGUCAUCAUCAGACGCCCCCUCAGCAGCGACCAGGUCCUGCCCCCACAGGCACGGAGAAUGGGCCCAAGACCACGUCAGAGCUUCCCGUUGGAGACAAACCUGCCAGUCGAGAUGCUACACCUGCUCCGGCACAGGUCGGUCCUAUCCCCCCCGUGGAAUCCAAGCCGUCCGUGGCAGAGGCCAUUCAACCGUCGACCGGGUCCGUUCAGGGUGCACCGCCUGGGCUGUCUAAGGUCCCACCAACCGGGCCGAGGGGACGUGUGCAGCCAGCCAUCCCCAUUGCGGCCCCCACGAAGCCUCCUGUUCCGAGUGCACCAGGUGCGUCGGGAAGCAACGUGCCUCCAGGUUCGGCUCAGGCGGCGAUCACCGAAGCCUCUCGGGCAGCCACAGCGGCUGUCGCAGCGGCGAUGGCCAAGUUGCCACAGCCCACCCCCCAGAAGAAGCAACCGGGAGAUGGCCCUGUGGAGCAUUUGACGAAGCAGAUCGCGGAGAUGAAGCCCUAUGAAGGUAGCCGUCCUCUGCGAGGCGGUCACCAGCAUGCGCGCGGCGGGCGUGGUAACCACCGCAGCCAACACCAGGGACAGAGCAAGAAGGUCGAGGUUCCGGACACAGACUACGAUUUCCAGACGGCCAAUGCCCGAUUCAACAAGCAGGACUUGCUCAAGGAGGCCAUUACCAGUGGCGCCCCCGUCCAAGAGACCGAACCUCACCCGGAUGGUGAUGUAUCCGAGUCCGCUGAUCCCGGCGCUGAUAGUACCAGCACCGUUACUGCCUAUAACAAGGCCAGCUCGUUCUUCGAUAACAUCUCGAGUGAGGCUCGUGAUCGCGAGGAAGGUGCUGGGGGCCGCGGGGGCCGGGGGGGUCGCGAGUGGCGUGGUGAGGAGGAGAAGAGAAACAUCGAAACCUUCGGACAGGGUAGCGUCGAUGGCUACCGUGGCGGCUACCGGGGUCGCGGUCGAAACCGUGGCCGAGGCUAUGGCCGGGGUGGCUAUGGUCGUGGCUAUGGCUCUCGAGGUCGGGGUGGCAUUCGCGGAGGUCGCAAUGUCUCACAGUCGACCGGUGUGCCUACACAGACAUAG